AUGGUGCCACGCAUCAACUCCGACACUGAGGAAGCGCCUGCGCCACGUCCUAAACGGGUUGCUGUGCCAUCAGCAAAGGUGAUUAGUGCGGACAAUGCAGCUGAUCAAGAGCUUCUUUCCCACAGAAUAGCUCAUAUCGCAAACUGCGCUGCUGUUAUCUUGGACCCUACUGACUUAGAUGGGGCUGACAACGACAAAAUCCAGCUGGUGAGCCCCCAUACCAACAAACGGCUCAUCAAAGGACGAAAACAGGUUGCACAAAGUCCUGAUGCCGAGGAUGUUGACCUUGCACAGCCUCCUGCUUCUGACGAGGACGACUUGGAAGAAGGAGACCCCCCAGUGUCAGUGAAACCACCGAAAAAAUGGCAAAAGAAAGUACCCCUACCUAAUGCCGAUUCAGUCGAUGCGGAAGGCUUUCUUACCGAUAUCGAAGUCACGGGUAUUGAUGAACCGUCCAAGCCUCGACGAGAGCGGCGCAGUCGUGAUAUCGACGCACUGUUCUCUGUUCCAUAUCUCAAGGACGGCAAGAAAUACAGAGACUGUCAUGCUUGCAGUAAAUCUCACAAAUGCCAGGUGCCAUUUGUGAACGAAGUGACAGCAUUGCGCCGACAUCAGGAGGCUGCGCAUCGGGUGAGUUUUUGA